AUAUGUUCAGUAAGUUGUUACGGAAGAGAUGAGAUAUUCUGUUAAUGUAAAUGACUUCCGUUUGUAUACAAGGAAGUCAUACAUAGACGUGUGUGAGUUGUUGUCCACUUUGAUGAAAAAUAUCCCACACAGCGUAUUCACUUUCUCUUUCUUCUCGGCUCUUCUUUUCUUCCUCUUCAUUUCUUGUCUUGGUUUUCUUGAUAACAAAUCUUGAUCUGUGAUUUCCGUUCAACAAGCCCACACUUGACAAAUCUAAGUUGUGCUCUCAUGGAGAAAAAUCUCUUUCUCAGCAUUCUCUUAGCUUUCUUAGUUCCUUUUUCGACACUUUCCUUGGUUCAUGCUGUAGUAACCGAUAUUUCCACAGACAAACAAUCUCUUCUUGCCCUGAAAGCUCGUAUAAGCCAUGAUCCAAGCAAUCUGUUGGCCAGCAAUUGGUCCACAAGUUCUUCUGUUUGUCAUUGGAUGGGCAUAACUUGUGGUGCUCGUCACCUUCGAGUAACAGCUUUGAAUAUUUCUCACUUGGGUCUCACAGCUACCCUUCCUCCUCAACUAGGAAAUCUAUCUUUCCUCGCAAGGCUAGACAUCAGAAACAACAGCUUUCAUGGCUCUCUCCCUGAGGAAUGUGCUCAGUUACGUCGACUGAAAUACCUUGAUUUGAGUCGUAAUAGCUUAUCGGGUGAACUCCCUGCAAGGAUUUUUGAUAAUCUUCCCAACUUGCUACUGCUUUAUUUGCAUUUGAACUUCUUCGAGGGAAAAAUACCAUCGACCAUAUCCAAGUGCAAAAGCUUGCAAGACUUAUCCUUGGCACUCAAUAAUUUCACAGGAGCCAUUCCAAAAGAAAUUGGAAACUUGACUCAACUUAGAGCGAUGUAUCUUGGAUUCAACAAACUCCAAGGAGAAAUUCCAAAAGAGCUUGGCAAUCUUGCAAAACUGGAGCUAUUAUCAAUUCAAAAUAGUUACUUAACAGGAACUAUUCCCUCACUCAUCUUCAACCUUUCUUCCCUAAUGUACAUGGAACUUUGGAAAAAUAGCCUGACUGGUCGGCUUUCGGAAAACAUGUGCCAGCAUCUUCCUAAUCUUGAAGAACUAGACAUGUCUUCUAAUCAUCUCACUGGUCCAAUUCCAAACAGUUUGGGGCAAUGCAGAAUGCUUAGUAUGCUUGCGUUGUCGGACAACCUAUUCAAAGAACAUAUUCCGAGAGAAAUUGGGAACUUGACAUUAAUCAAGUUUCUAAAUCUAGACUCGAACAAAUUAACAGGUGGUAUACCAAAUGAAAUUGGAAUGCUUCAUAAUCUUGAACACUUGAUACUUUCAUCUAACCAGCUAGUUGGCCCUAUCCCAGCAUCUGUAUUCAACAUUUCAACAAUGGAAGAACUUGCAUUGUAUCGAAAUCAACUCUACGGAAUUCUUCCAUCAAUUGCAGAGCUUCCAAACCUUGAGGGGCUUAUCUUGUGGGAAAAUAAUUUCAGUGGACUGUUUCCCGCUUUCAUCACCGGUGCUUCCAAGCUCAACCGUCUAGAUAUUUCAUCUAACUCAUUCUCAGGCUUCAUUCCUGGUGCAAUUGGUAAUUUAAAAUUUCUUGAGACACUAAGUUUAGAAAAUAAUUACUUCACAUCUACUCCAGAUCUAACCUUUCUUUCUAAUUUGACAAAUUGCAAGAGUUUAAGAGUUCUAUGGUUAGGAAAUAAUCCACUAAAUAGCAUCCUUCCAGGUUCCAUAGGGAAUCUUUCUAUUUCUUUGGAACAAUUUGACAUAAAUGAUUGUAACAUUAGUGGAAAAAUUCCCAAAGAAAUUGGAAACUUGAAAAACUUGAUAGAACUACAAUUACAAGAUAAUGAAUUGACUGGACCAAUUCCAGUUACCCUAGAUGGAUUACAAAAUCUUCAACGUUUGUAUCUUCAAAAUAAUAAAUUUGAAGGACUCAUCCCAGAUAUAUUUUGUCAUUUACAUGAAUUGGGUGAGUUGAAUUUAAAGGGAAACAAGUUCUAUGGAGCCAUACCUGCAUGUAUUGGCAAUCUCACUACACUGAGAAAAUUGUUUUUAGGUUCGAACAAGUUAAUUUCCUCUAUACCCUCAACUUUGUGGAACCUGGAGGAUCUCUUGUAUGUUGAUUUGUCAGAAAAUUUUCUAGAUGGAUCUAUUCCAUUAGACAUUGGAAAUCUUAAGGUUGCCAUAACUAUAGAUCUAUCAAGGAAUCUUUUAUCAGGAGAGAUUCCAAUUGCUAUUGGAAGCCUAGAAAAUCUACAAAAUCUCUCCUUAAGAUACAACAGAUUACAAGGCUCCAUUCCUAAAACAUUUGGCAACUUGAAAAGUCUAGAAUUCUUGGAUUUGUCUAGAAACAACCUUUCUGGAUCGAUUCCUAAGUCUUUGGAGGCACUCUCGUACCUCAAAUAUCUAAAUUUAUCUUUCAACCAACUAAGUGGCGAAAUUCCUCAAGGAGGAUCCUUCAGAAAUUUCUCAGCUGAGUCAUUUAUGGGGAAUCUAGCAUUGUGUGGGACUUCUCAACUACAAGUUCCACCAUGCAAAAAAACCACUCAUCGAAAAUUAAGGACUAAAAAGGUUUUCCUGUCGAUUCUUUUGCCAACAAGCAUUGUAGUCUUAUUGGUUGUCUUGGUUAUUAUGUUUUUGUUGAUCCGGAAAAAAAGAACAAGGCCACCUACGAAUGUUGAUAUCUUUCCAAGAGAAACAUGGAGAAGAAUUUCUUACCAGGAACUUGUGAGAGCAACAGACAGAUUCAAUGAUAACAACCUGCUUGGCAAAGGAAAUUAUGGUUCAGUUUACAAAGGAAGAUUAGAUGAGGGAAUGGAGGUUGCAGUAAAGGUAUUCCACUUGGAUUUUGAAGGAGGUCUUACAAGUUUUGAAGCUGAGUGUGAAGUAAUGAGAGGUCUUCGUCAUCGAAAUCUUAUCAAAAUCAUCAGCAGCUGUUCAAAUGAUGAUUUUAAAUCUUUGAUACUAGAAUACAUGCCUAAUGGGAGCUUGGAGAAAUUGUUGUUUUCUGAGAAGAAUGUUUUGAACAUUUUUCAUAGACUAAAUAUAAUGAUUGAUGUUGCUUCAGCUUUGGAAUAUCUCCACUUUGGCUAUGUAGUCCCAAUCAUUCAUUGUGACAUAAAGCCAAGCAAUGUCUUACUGGAUGAAAAUAUGGUUGCACAUUUGAGUGAUUUUGGCAUUGCAAAGCUUUUAGGUGAAGAAAACUCCAUGACACGAACAAAGACCCUUGCUACCAUUGGUUAUAUGGCACCAGAAUAUGGAAGAGAAGGAAAAGUAUCUAGAAAAGGAGAUGUGUACAGCUAUGGUAUCAUGGUAAUGGAAACAUUUACAAAGAAGAAGCCAACAAAUGAAAUGUUUACAGAAGAAAUAAGCUUACGGAGGUGGGUUGGUGAAUCAUUAUGUAGCACAGUGAUGGAAAUCGUGGACACAAAUUUGCUUACAAGGGAUGAUGAACAUUUCUCAAGCAAGGAAGAAUGUGUAUCGUCUAUCUUGAGCUUGGCUAUGGAGUGUACAAGAGAAACACCUCAAGACAGGAUCACUAUGAAAGAAGUAGUGACAAGACUCAUCAAAAUCAGAGCUAAACUUGCAGAAAUCAAAACAAGAAGAGGUAGAAGGGUUUUGAAUUUAGGCUAAUUUCUUCUUUGUAUUUUCAUUGAGAAUGAAGUUUUAAUCCAGAGAAAAUGGAUGAACUAGGAAGCCAAUGGGACGACCUGAGUUUAGCAACCUUCUACCUCUUCCUUGAAUUUGAUGACAAGUACAUGCAUGUUAUAAGGUCAACUUUGAUUAAAAAGAAAUGUUUAUAAGGAGUUUUUAAAUUUGAUGGAUCUUCAUGUAGUAAUGAUAUAGUAUGAAGGGUUUGAAAUUUUCCAACUUUUACUACAUGUU